AUGGUUCCAGGUGACGCGCGCAAGCGCGUCUCGCCCCCGUCGUUCGAGUCUAAUGGGGGGAAACGCAGUGUAAGGAAGCGCAAGACUAUGAGGAAAGAUGCUGGUGAUGCAGGAGUAACUUUGCGGAGCGGUGCACGCGAGACAGAGGACUGCAAGCUGGACUCGAUCAAGACAGGGGAAGACGUCUCCUCGUCCUCUUUUAGGACCAAACGUGGCGUGACUCGUGACUUGGACAAUGACAGUCGGAACGUGGAAACGGCUGCUACUGAGGACUCGGAUGAACAGGAAACGGAGAUGAGAAACGGAGUGCACAGUAGGAGGAAUGCGGUUGCCAAGUCGGUAUCGACGGAACCAGCUACGAAACGCUUACAACGCACUGCCAAAGUAAAGAUGCAACCGAAGACCCCUGUUUCGGUCAAGCCAAAAGCGAAGCUUGUGAGUAAAGCUGCGCCGAAGCGGAAAGCACGGACGCAAGAUGAUAAGGUGAAGGAGAAUGCGCCGUUGGUGAUGCCGUUUUUUGUCGAGACAGGAGCUGAGUGGAACAACACGAACGUUGACUUUGAUGAGUUGAGUACGUUACGGUCGCAGUGGGAGCUGCUGGCAGCGUGCCACAUUCUAUGGUUGCUGCAGAGCCCUUUGACGCUGCACUUUUCGGACACGCUGCUCGAAUAUGAAGCCGCGUUGCUGAAGCCGGAAGCGAGUCCAGUGCUGGAGGAUGUGUUUACAAAGUUGCUGUUGAAGAAGAGCGAGCGAGCGUGUCUAAGUGCUGGAAUCGGUCUCAAGUAUGAGUGGUGGAACAAGCAGCUGCGUGUUUACUACCUCGACAUGUAUGACAAGUGGUACGCGUUGCUACGUAAGGCGGGCGAGCGGCUUCCAGGCUCUUUUUCGCAAGAUGAGGACGAUGAUGACAGUGAUGUUUCGAACAGCGAGACCGAUGAGCAGGUGGAGGAUGAACUCACGGAAGAUGAGUGGCUGACACUUGACAUCCUGAAGGCACGUCUUGAAACGCUUGGCGUGGUUUGCCCAUUGAAGCAUCAGUCAUUUGCAGACUUGUCGAUCGAGCUGCGAUGCAAGAUUUUGCUAAAUUUGUGUGAGGCCGUUAUAGAUGACCCAAGCAACACUGAAUACAUGCGUCAGAUGGAAGACGACGACCUACGUGUAGAGCCGCUCGGCAACGACCGCGCUGGAAACUUGUACUAUUUUUUCCCGCAGUUUUACGAGGAACGGCGACUGUAUCGAUUGGACCCGGAGACGCGACAAUGGGCUCUUUGGGCCAAGGGAGACGACGCAUUCCAUUCCAUGUUCAAAGCGAUGAAGAGUAUUGGUGGACGUAAGAUUCGAGGCGAGCAAGAGCUGCUGGAUCAUUUGGAAGUCAUCAUAGAGCAGAUCGAAGAUGAGGCUGCAGCACGCGCACGGCAAAUGGAGAAGGCGAAUCGUCUCGCGAUUCUCGAGGCAAUUCCGCGCAAGCGUUCGCUCCGUCUUCAAGUGAAGCAGCUGGUGCAAAUGGAGAAACAUCAAGAGGAACUCAAGCACCUGAAGGACCUUUCAAUGGAGGAAAUCGCAGCGAUGAAGCAGAUGGAGUCGUUGGAUAAAGCAGAGCGAGGAGAUGAGAAGGAAGUGCGUGACGCCGAGCGCGAAGCACGGCGCUUGCAUCGCGAUCAGGUCGAGUACGAGGGGAUCGUAGCUGCUCGGAAGAGUCCGCCAAUUUGA